AUGGCUCUCACUUAUGUUCGUCAACUUAGCAGAGCAAUAUGCAAUGUACAAAUUUCGAAGACUCGAAUGAAUAGAGCAUUAAACACAACUCAACCCGUAAGACUUGGAAUGAUACCCAUCGUCGUUGAACAAACUGGAAGAGGGGAGCGAGCUUAUGAUAUAUAUUCUAGACUUCUUCGUGAACGUAUAAUUUGUCUUAUGGGACCGAUUAAUGAUGACAUUAGUUCCGUAGUUGUAGCUCAGUUACUUUUCCUUCAAUCUGAAUCGAGCAAAAAACCUGUACAUCUUUACAUCAACUCUCCAGGUGGAAAUGUGACUUCUGGUCUCGGUAUUUACGAUACUAUGCAGUACAUAACUCCACCAGUAGCUACUUGGUGUGUUGGUCAAGCUUGUAGUAUGGCUUCCCUUCUUUUAGCUGCAGGAGCUCCGGGUAUGCGCCAUGCACUCCCUAAUUCGCGUAUCAUGAUUCAUCAGCCUUCAGGUGGAGUCAGAGGCCAAGCAACAGAUAUUCAAAUUCAAGCAGAAGAAAUAUUGAAGUUAAAAGCACAAAUAAACAAUCUCUUUGUUCGUCACACAGGAUUGCCUGCUGAAAAAGUGCAAAGCUCUAUGGAACGUGAUAAUUUCAUGUCACCAACAGAAGCAAAAGCGUUUGGAUUGAUUGAUAAUAUCCUUGAACAUCCACCAUCUCAUGCUGUGGAGACCGAAUGUGCUUCAACAACAGCCACAUCUGGCACCACCACUACUACUACGAAU